CGUCGUCAUCCGCCAUCACAUUACCCAAACCAGUCAAUAUGCCCUCUAACCUUGCGGAACUCCCAUCAGAAAUAUACUCAGCGAUUUUGACCCAAGUUCCCCCAGACGAGAGGCAGCAGGCAGUCUUAUCGCUUUCUAGAGCCAUCCCGCAGUCUCCGGUGCCCUUGCACCAUCUAUUCGAAUGCAUCCGCUUAAAGACGUCCGAGGGUGUUUUUCAGUUGUACCGCCGUGUUCGUGGUUCCCCAGAGGAGGCCGGUUGGGUGAAGUCAUUCGCGUUGGAGACUUGGACGGUCGACGCAGAUAUAGUGGUCAACUUAGUAUUCGUCCUCACUUGCCUUCGCAGGAUCACGCUGUUUGUUGGACCGAACUUCGCACCAGAACAUCUGGAGGAGAUAUUAAAAAAGCCGCGAGAGGACUUGCUCUGCCUAUCGUUGCGCUUUCGACCCUACGUACAAAAAGCCACUUAUUAUCAAUUCCUCAAGGGUGCAUAUUUUGACACCACUCUGCAAGCACUCGCUCGAUGGCCAUCGUACAGCCUGCCUACAUUAUCGAUCGUACAGGAUCCUUUGGACCCUGAAAUAGCUCGGGCACAGCGCUUUGCACAGCCCCUCGUAUUCUUUCACCUCGAUGUAUUGUCGAAGCUGGUGUGCUCGCCCUGUUUUCGGUCAGCAUCAAAUUUUCGACUCCGGAUCCCUUCGCGGCAGGUUGCACCUUUCUUGUUCAACACCCCCAGAACUGCUACGGCAUUUGACCCUCCUGGACUUGGGCUGCUGGUUCGGUUCAGCCAUCUGAAACAUCUAAUCUUGGACGGUUGCACUAUUGCGCAAGGGCAAUCACACGAGGGGGAUUGGGCGGCCGUUGGCAAGAUGGUUGCGCUGGGGACCGUCAAGGCAGCUAAAGACCGGGAGAAGAAGCUGAAGACCUGGUUGGAGAGCAACGCAGCUCGUCUGCAGACCAGCGAAGGCGGUAUUUCACAGCAGCCUAUCGGCGAGCAGCGCACAGGAAGAAGAAUUAGGCCCGGACGGCGCGGUCUGGCGACAGCUACAAUUUCCCUCCGAGACUCUCCGCCAAGAGAGGCAGUUCACGUCGUUCACCAUAACAUCAGCGUCCCAAAAAUUCGUGUCUUACCCGCUGCUCCUACCAUCUGCUCCCUCAGCACCACUCUCGAUGCCCACAACAGGGACAUACAUACCAUUCGGACGGAGUUUCAGCAAGGGUGGGGGGAGGGUAUUGCUCAAUUGAAUGCCAUCCACAGACGAUUGUAUCAAUCCUGGAAGAAUGGCGUCAGAGUAAUGUGCAUUUCGGAUGACCAAGACAUGGGGGAUGGGUUUGAAGGCUUGGAAGACAUUGAAAGCGAGACUCUCUUUUAUGAUGUCCUCUGCAUGGCCCCUGUCCUGUGUCUCGCAGAUUCCAACGGGACAAACGAACAUGCGGAGGGAUGUGGCCAUGCUGCGGCUAUUCACAUAUGGGACGACGCUAUCUAGACUGUAGACGGAUCGGCUGGUCUGGUGGGAUUACGAGCGACACGGCGAGUCUAAGACGCGGUACAAUAGGUUGGAGGUUGGCGAUAGGUAGAUAUAUUUAAAAGCGUUUCCCUGUCCAACAUUCGCUUGGUGACUUCGUGCGGCCGUCGCAGAGAGGCCCGAGUUCUAUCGGGGUUCUUUGAAGUUUGGACACUACUCGAUAUUACGAAUAGGUGACCAACGGCUGUUGGUUGCAUUGCUCGUGACACGCGCGUUGAACAUUUUUGCCACCUGUACCUUGUGCACUGCUGAGAACCGACACUAGUAGUG